AUUUACGAGGAAGGGGGCAGGGAGGGUAGAAAAGGGAGACUGCUGCCUCUGCACUUCCUUCUCAGAGUCGAGACAAAAAGGAAUAAAAAGCUACGCAGUAUCUCCACUGAGCAUUAAAAGAGACUUUUGCAUCAGUAGGUGCGUUCACAUUCAGACAUGGCUUGCAAACUCUGGCUUGUACUUUCAGUGGGACUUUUGCUGGCAACCUCAGAAGCUGGAAGACAGAUGCCUAAACUCUCGGACAAGAAACUCUGUGCCGACUCUGAAUGCAGCCAUCCCAUUCUGAUAGCUCGAGCUCUGCAGGACUACUACCCUGGAGACUGCAGGUUCAUCCCCAUCAGACAGGGGCAGCUCGUCUAUGUUUAUGCAAUGCUAAAAGACAGAGGGAACCUCUUCUGGGCUGGCAGCGUACAAGACUCCUACUAUGGACAGCAGGAAGCUCGUGUUGGCCACUUCCCCAGCAGCGUGGUGGAAGAGACUCACGCUCUCAUGCCAGCCAGCACUGAAGUCAAAACUACUAAAUGGGACUUCUACUGUUACUGAUGCUGCCUUUACAAAGACAAAGUCCAACUUUCCUGUCAACCAGUAACUUUCUUGGCUAUCAUAUGAAAUCGAUAUGAUGCACAUUCUUGACAGUAUAUAUGCAUGCACCCGAUAUUCUGCACUUUAGGGAGAUGUGAACAACAGCUCUACGCAGCAAUAAAUGAUUGUAGAAUGUAUUCAGAUUUAAUAUGCAGAAGACAGAACUGUUACUGCUUCACCCUCUGUAUUUCACUUGUCAGUUUUGCUGAUUGAUAGUUGACAUUCUCUGUAAUGCUUCUUGCAGCUACCAAAGGUAUUAAAUAAUACAUUUAAAAAGAGUAAAA